GUGAUCUCUAAAAUGUUGCAAUAAUGAAUAGAUCUCGAGUCUGAGAGGAUCCGGUUUAUCUGCAUUGUACAGAAUGAAGCAGAUUUCUCAGUGUUGAGCUCCUCCCACUGGAUUUAAAGACAGACGUCUGAUGUUUUAGCUCAUAUCUUGCUUCAAAUCUGUAUGUGCAUUAUUUCUGCCGUGGAUGUGAAGCUUAAAAACUAGUCUCUAAGACAGAUUUGGACGUGCAAAAUGGCAUCUGAAGGUUUUACUGAGGUGGACUUCACUUGUCCUGUGUGCUUUGACUUUUUCAUAAACCCUGUUGUUCUGAACUGCAGUCACAGCAUCUGUUCAAACUGCAUCCAGGCGUUUUGGGGAAGUAAGGGAAUUAGGGAAUGUCCCAUGUGCAGAGAGAUAUCGACAGUGAAUGAUCCUCCGUUAAAUCUGGCUUUGAAGAACCUGUGCGAGACCUUCCAGCAGGAGCGAAGUCAAGGACCUUCCUCGGGAGCCGAGGCCGUCUGCAGCGCUCACAGAGAGAAGCUGAAGCUCUUCUGUCUGGAUGAUCAGCAGGCCGUGUGUUUGGUGUGUCGAGACUCCAAACUACACACCGACCACAGCUUCUGUCCCAUAGAUGAAGCCGUGCACAAUAACAAGGAGAAACUCAAAGCUGUACUGGAAAACUUACGGGAGAAGAUGGGAAUGUUUGAUAAUUUUAAACAGACGUUGGAUCGGACUGCUGAUAUUAAUAAGGUUCACACCGAAGAAGCAGAAGAGAAGAUCAAGAUGGAGUUCGAGGAGCUUCGAGAGAUUCUACGCAACGAAGAAGUGGCCAGAAUAACAGUGCUGCGAGAAGAAGAGAAGCAGAAGAGUCAGAUGAUAAAGGAGAAGACUGGGAAGACCAGCAAACAGAUCGUAUCUCUCAAAUGUGCGAUCAGAGACGUAGAGCAGCAGAUGAAGACUGAAGAUGAUUCAUUCCUGCAGAACUUUAAGAGCACAUUGCAAAGAUCCCAGUUCAGCCUGCCAGAUCCGGGGAAUGUUGCCGAUUUGCUGAUCAAUACCCAAGAAUACCUGAGUGACCUGAGGCUCACUGUGCUCCAGAAGAUUGACAGCUCCAGGGGGGAGCCCAGUGUGAGGGGGGCCCAGACUAACAGACGGGGCAAUUCCAGAGCGGGGCCCAGUGUCAGGGGGGACCCCACUUUCAGAGGAGGCCAGAACCCCAGCAUCAGGGGGGAUGCCAGUUUUAAGGAGGACCCUACUUCCAGAGGGGGACAACAUUUUAAAAGGGGGCACAACCCUAGAGGGGACCCCAGUUUCAGGGGUGGGCAAAAUUUUAAGGAGGACCACAGGGCCACAGUACUGGGGGAGAACAUAGAUUCAGAGGGGCCCGGAAUUACAGAGGGGCCUUUAAUAGCGAUGGGGCCAAAGCUCCAGAGGGUGCAGAGGAGUUCUAGGGGGGCCCUGAGGGGGUCACGUUAA